AUGAAAGGCGCAGCAGCAGCAGCAGCAGCAGCAGCACCACCACCACCACCACCACCCGCAGCAGCAGCAGCAGCAGCAGGUAUACAGACACCGCAACAGACUGCAGCUGCAUGCAUCACCAGCAGCAGCAGCAGCAGCAGCAGCAGCAGCAACCGCAGCAGCGGCUGCCACGGCUGCUGGGCCUGGAAGUCGCAGCAGCAGCAGCAGCAGCAGCAGCAACAGCAGCAGCAGCAGCAGCAGCAGAGGAGGAUAUAA